AUGGACGAGGCCGAGCCGAGCGAGCGCAGCCCUCUGCUGAGCAGCGGCGAGCGCGGGCGGGCGGCCAGCAGCGCCUUCCAGGGCCGGCGGCUGGCCUGCGCCGCCGUGCUGCUGGCCGAGCUGCUGGAGCGAGUGGCCUUCUACGGCAUCACCUCCAACCUGGUGCUGUUCCUCAACGGGCCGCCCUACGGCUGGGAGGGCGCGCAGGCCAGCCAGGCGCUGCUGCUCUUCAUGGGCAUCACGUACCUGGUGUCGCCGUUCGGGGGCUGGCUGGCCGACGCCCUGCUGGGCAAGUUCGGCACCAUCCUGCUCAGCAUGGCGCUGUACCUGCUGGGCAUGCUGGCCUUCCCCGUCAUCGCCGCGCCGCACACCCGCCAGGGCCUGUGCGGGGACAUCCCCCUGUUCCCCGUGGAGAACUGCUCCUCGCCGGCCGCCAACGCCACCCUGGCGCCCUGCUCGCAGGCCGGAGCCACCCGCUACUGCGCCACCGCCACCUUCGUGGGACUGGUCCUCGUGGGGCUGGGCGUCGGCUCGGUCAAGGCCAACAUCACCCCGUUCGGGGCCGACCAGGUCAAAGACCGGGGUCCCGAAGCCACCAGAAGGUUUUUUAAUUGGUUUUAUUGGAGCAUUAAUUUGGGAGCUAUCCUGUCUCUGGGAGGCAUUGCCUACAUCCAGCAGAACGUGAGCUUUGUCAUCGGGUACAGCAUCCCCACGGUCUGCAUCGGGAUUUCCUUCAUGGUUUUCUUAUGUGGGCAGAGCUUCUUCAUCACCAAACCUCCUGAUGGCAGUGCCUUCACAGACAUGUUCAGAAUCCUCACAUACUCCUGCUGCUCGAAGAAGGCCCACGGGGAGCCCUCAGCAAACAGUGAAGGCCCUGGAGUGCUGCACCCGCCUCGCAGGCAGAGCCUCUUCGAGACGGCCAAGCUGUCUCGGGGGGGGCCCUUCAGAGAAGACAAGGUAGAGGAUGUGAAAGCUCUUGUCAAGAUUAUCCCUGUCUUUCUGGCUUUAAUUCCUUACUGGACAGUGUAUUUUCAAAUGCAGACAACGUAUGUGCUGCAGAGCCUCCAUCUGAAAAUUCCUGAGAUAUCCAAUGACACCAACUCCAUCCAUACGUUCCCAGCAGCCUGGCUGACCAUGUUUGAUGCAGUGCUUAUCCUGAUCCUGAUCCCCCUAAAGGACAAACUGGUGGACCCCAUUUUGAAGAGGAAUGGCUUGCUGCCAUCCUCCCUCAAGAGGAUUGCAGUUGGGAUGUUCUUUGUGAUGUGCUCUGCCUUUGCUGCAGGAAUUCUGGAAAGCAACAGACUGAAAAUUGUGAAGGUUAAAACAAUUAACCAGACAAUUGGGAAUGUUACAUACCACGCUGCAGAUUUGCCAAUCUGGUGGCAGAUUCCUCAAUAUGUGCUGAUUGGAUUCAGUGAAAUAUUUGCAAGUAUAGCAGGUCUAGAAUUUGCAUAUUCAGCUGCUCCCAAGUCCAUGCAGAGUGCCAUUAUGGGGCUGUUCUUUUUCUUCUCGGGGAUUGGCUCCUUUGUUGGCUCUGGAUUGUUGGCACUGGUGUCCAUUAAAGAAAUUGGUUGGAUGAGUAAUCACACAGAUUUUGGCAAUAUCAAUGGCUGCCAAUUGAACUAUUACUUCUUCCUGCUGGCUGCUAUCCAAGGAGCCACCCUGCUGCUGUUCCUGAUUGUGUCUGUCAAGUACGAGCACCACAAGGCCAAGGCGGGCGAGGCGGCUGCCAACGGGAGGCUGUGAGCGUGUGGGCACCUGUGCCAGCAGCACCAGGGAGGGCAGUGCCAGCAGGAGCCCUGCUGCCUGCCCAGGGACCCUGCAGCCCUGCCCUGUGCCCCUGGGCAAGUGCCUUAGGGCAGGGGCUGCUUCUUGCACUACGGCCUGGCAGGGACAGCAGAGCUGGGCACGAAUCACUGCAGGCCCUGGAGCUGCUCUGUGCCCAUGGGAGCUGAAUCCAUGCCCUGCAGCUGCUCUGUGCCCAUGGGGAGCUGAAUCCAUCCCCUGGAGCUGCUCUGUGCCCAUGGGAGCUGAAUCCAUCCCCUGGAGCUGCUCUGUGCCCACGGGAGCUGAAUCCAUCCCCUGAGCUGCUCUGUGCCCAUGGGAGCUGAAUCCAUGCCCUGGAGCUGUUCUGUCCCCAUGGGAGCUGAAUCCAUCCCCUGGAGCUGCUCUGUGCCCACGGGAGCUGAAUCCAUCCCCUGGAGCUGCUCUGUGCCCAUGGGAGCUGAAUCCAUCCCCUGGAGCUGCUCUGUGCCCAUGGGAGCUGAAUCCAUCCCCUGGAGCUGCUCUGUGCCCAUGGGAGCUGAAUCCAUGCCCUGGAGCUGCUCUGUGCCCAUGGGAGCUGAAUCCAUGCCCUGGAGCUGCUCUGUGCCCAUGGGGAGCUGAAUCCAUCCCCUGGAGCUGCUCUGUGCCCACGGGAGCUGAAUCCAUCCCCUGGAGCUGCUCUGUGCCCAUGGGGAGCUGAAUCCAUCCCCUGCAGGCCCUGGAGCUGCUCUGUGCCCAUGGGAGCUGAAUCCAUCCCCUGCAGGCCCUGGAGCUGCUCUGUGCCCACGGGAGCUGAGUCCAUCCCCUGCAGGCCCUGGAGCUGCUCUGUGCCCAUGGGGAGAUGUUUCCUGGGCUCCUGAGGCUGGCACACCUGGAGGGCACUGCAGGGACUCACAGAGGCUGUUCUGACCCAGGCUGAACCCUACAGAAGCUCUGCAGGCCAAGCCUUCCCUGAGGAGGGAAACCCUGACAGGAGCCUCAAGCAGUGCAUGGGAGUCAUUUUGGGCUGAGAAACAGGGACAAAUUAAAUUACAAAUCAGCACAGCUUAGAUUUUAUAAUUGACCUGUUACUGAGGGUAUAUCAAGGGUUCCAGUCCAGACUUGCAGUCAGGAGCAUCCAGGACUGAGUCCUAAAUCCCAGUAGCUGCUCAGCAGCCACUGCACAGUUAACACUUGUUGGGAUUGCAGCUGCUUGACUGCAGCAAUGGUUUUAUUUUUGAGCCUGCAUUAGAUGUGUUAGGGCAACAGCCACCUCUGGGCAAGGCCCUGUUCAGUCUGACACUGUUCCUCCCCUAAGGACUAUUCCAGGUAUUUGCAGGAAGCAAAGCAAGCUGGAAUUCUGAGCAGAUCAAUGCACAGUAACCACGUAGCAGCCUUUAGCCAGGUCCUUCAGCCUUGUCUUACUUUUAGUUAACGUGCUCCAGGGUUUGGAUCUUUCAGCAACACAUUCCUCCAGCAGAGCAAAUGGCUUCAUGUUCAGCCUCUUGAAUUUUAAUGAUUUUAACAACUGUACUUCAGAGUGUGUGCACACUGGUAUGGAAGGUGCAAGGAAUUAUGCAGAAAGAAAAUAAAACCUUUUUAUUAAUGCAUUGAAUUUUUAUAGUUUCCUUUGUCUGCAGUUCUGUUGUUUAAAAUGUCCUUAUUUUGUACAUGGACAUCUUUUUAAUGAGUUUACAAAAUAAAAUGAACCUCCAUGCUGUGACUUCCGACCCUUUGUUUCUAGGUGAAUAAAAUGAUGCUAUAACU